CAGAUUUCUUGACAGGAUGGAGGUAGGGAUGAUUUCCUUCUUAAAUAUAUGCAGAGAAGCUGGUCUGGGAAUAAAGGCAGAUGUGAGAUGUGGGAGUCUUCCAACUAUAGGUCCAGGAAGGAUUCAAAAGGAAAACACAGGUACAGAAAUGUAUGUAUCACCCUCUCCCUUUCAGCAGCCCUGUUUAUGUCCGUGUGUUACAACUCAGGAAUGCUUUGAGAAGCACAGCCAUGCCUGAAAUGCAGCAGAGCUGGGAGUUCGAUGCCUUCGAUGCUGGAAAUAUCCUGACUGCUCACAAGGUGUUCUGUGCCCAGCUCUGCCACCCCUCCUGGCAGAGCACCUGGCAAAUCCCUACAUCCCCAUGGACUUUGACAGCAUAGGAAUGCAUUUUCAGGGCAGCAUCCCACUGGAAUCCAAAGCAAUCUCCUUCUGCUGCCUCCCUCUCCUAAAUUCUGAUACUUUCUUCUGCUGGCACCUAUUAAAUAAAACAUGGAUUCUUUUUAUUUUUUGCAAUUAAAAUAUGGUGACUGUUAACAUCUACUUUGUAAGUUUCUGCAGGCGAGGCAGACCCUAGCUGUGCAGAACUGAAAGAGAAACACAGGAACCAUCUGCACAACUUAAAACAAGCUUCCCUCCUACUGGCUCACAAACUGAAGGUACAGUAAGCAGUCCAGGCAAAAAGCAAUUUCAGUGCUGCUAUCAGAGGUUAAAAAAUAAAGCGAAAUACAAAUUGCUGGCUAUCCAAGGACACAGGUGUGUUCAGGCCAUAAUUGGCAUCAGCUGGUUCUGCAGCAGGUUUAUAAAACCCAUGUGGCUGCAAGGGAGAGGUGCAAAGCUUUAUUUACUGUUUGUUAAUGCUAUAUUAGUGCUGGUGGUUGCAAAUGCCUUGCUUUGUGCUAGCUGAGGCAAAGAGAAGUGGCUGCAUUCCAAAGGACACAUCAGCUCCAGCAGAAGCAGUGGCUGGCAGUGCUGAGUGAGAAGGCCAAGCUAGAGCUUCGGGAAAGCCAGAGGUCUUUGAGUGACCUGUUUCAGAACGAUUUAAAGCUGUGCAGUAGCUCCAAAGGCAGUGAUUCCCCUGCGCCGAAGCUGGACCAUGCAGAGCAAAGAUGGGCAGGACACCAGCCUGCAGGUGACAGCACAGCUGGCAGUAAUGAAGAGAUGCAUUCCCUGAAACAAUUUCCAUUGAAUAUGGAGAGAGAGCGGAGCCUGAUGGACUCCAAAACUGUGGGAGAAAGGAAAUCUCUGGGAGGAAGGAGUUCAUUUGGCUCAGCCCUUCAUGAAGGAUCUCUGCCAGCAGAGGACAGGGAGCCAUUGCAUGGCCACCAAGGCCUGAACCUGCUCUCAGCUCCAAUAGAGCUGCCCCAUCCCUGCACAGCAGAUGGCUCUGGGGACAGCAGUGACCAGGACAGCCAGUGCAGUGAUGCUGGCCGGCACUAUGGAUGUUCCAGCUCCUUCUGCUGCUUCAGCCUGGCCAUAGCAGAGCAGUGCCUGAGGGGAGAGGAGCUUCGUGGCCGCCACCAGGCCGCCCUCUUGGAGCUGCGCAGGGGAGCUGUGAGGGAUAAAGCCAGAGCUGAGCUGGCCUGGCUGGGUCACCAGAGGCGCUGUCUGGAACUCCUGCAAGACACUGAGGGAGCCUCUGCCAUGGCUGAGAAGCAGCGCAAAGUCCUAACAGAGCUGAAACAGGAGCAGGUAGAAAUACAGCACCUGCAAAAUAUCUACAGGGCGGCCCAUCAGGAGAGGAAACUCUUAUUAAAGCAACAAAGAGAAAUCUUAAUGAUACGGCAGUCAACAGCAAAACUCCAGGCAGAACUGCAUCGUCUAACUGGGAAGAAAAAGCCUACCAGGAGCUCAGCAACUGAAGAAGUAAUUAAGCCAAAGAUGAGACAGAUCUCUAAUGCUAUGUUAGGUUCCUCCUUGGUAGAAUCUACAAGGCUUGAUGUGUGUGGGGAUAAACAGAACUGUGUCCAGCUAAAGAACAAACAAAACAAAAAAUAUGAUGGCUUUUCUACCAAGAGUAAGAAAACACUGCUACAAUCCCAGGAACAGACAGGGGAGCCAUUGAGUUUGCAGCAGUCCCUGGGUGCACGAGGUCCUGAUGCAUCUGGAACAGUAGCCAAGAAUGUGUGUGAUGCCACCAGUCAAACCACAGGCAUGGUCUUUAUGAUCAAACAUUCCAUAAAUGCAGGUAAUGAUACCUCAUUCUUAGAAGAUCAAGAGAAUGAACUUGUGACAGUAGAGAAAGCACCCAGGGAGCAGAAAAAUGGCAGAACUUCUAGAGAAGAACAAGACCCGUGUAAUCCAUUUCAGGCAUGUGUCAAGCUUAUGUUUUUCUUACCUGUUUUUUAAUCUUUGCAUAAAGUUUUCAAGGGAGGAAAUCCACAGUAUUGCCUGUCAUGGAGAUAUUGCACUUGGAACUCAGCUUAUACAUAAAGAUGACAUUGUGUUGAAGUUCUGUUGUGCUGUAUUGCCUUAAACCUGGAGCAGUUUCAGUGGCAGCUCACUGGCAUUCUUCAGUUUUCUUGUUUAUUCAGU